UCUCUUGUCUCCUCCUUUUUCUUUCUCUCUCCUCAAAACUCCCCUUUUUUCAUUGAUUUUGAACUUCAUAAAACUACUCCACUACUCCAUUAUUAUCCCCCACCAUUUUUGUUGACUAUACCUUGACUACUUUUAUAUUCUAUCAUUUUUACCCUAAUUUGUCGCACUAUAAAUAUUCUCCGCUUGAUUUCUCCCCUGAUUUCUGCGAACUUCUACUGUCCGAGUUUUUCUCUCAUGGUGUCUUGAAGAAAACCUUUAACUGCAACUAUUUGACUAAGAAGCUCAGUUAUGGCUUCCAAAAACGGCGUUGUUCGUGGAAGUUAUUAUAAGUCUGAUAGAACUUCCGUGGCUACUAACUCCAAGUCUUCUUCUUUCAAAUCGAAGCCUCCUGUACGACGUAGCGCUUCUCUAGGUGGCGGUGGCAAUGUUAAGGAUGCAUCUAAUGUUCCGGGCAGAGUUCGAGUAGCUGUAAGAUUGAGGCCUAAAAAUGCAGAGGAAUCAGUGGCAGAUGCAGAUUUUGCAGACUGUGUGGAGUUACAACCUGAGCUUAAGAGGUUGAAACUUCGCAAAAACAAUUGGGACUCAGACACUUAUGAAUUUGAUGAAUUGCUCACUGAGUUUGCUUCCCAGAAGCGUGUCUAUGAAGUUGUUGCAAAGCCUGUAGUUGAGAGUGUGCUUGAUGGUUACAAUGGAACUGUGCUGGCUUAUGGCCAAACGGGUACAGGAAAAACUUUCACUCUCGGACAGUUGGGAGAAGAAGAUGUUUCUGAUCGAGGAAUUAUGGUCCGUGCCAUGGAGGAUAUCCUUGCUGACGUCUGUUUGGAGACUGAUACAGUUGUCGUAUCAUACAUACAGCUGUAUAUGGAGACUAUCCAAGAUCUUCUGAAUCCUGCAAAUGACAAUAUUCCUAUAACAGAGGAUUCUAGAACGGGAGAAGUUUCGUUGCCUGGUGCAACAGUCGUAGAGAUAAGAGACCAACACACCUUUCUUGAGCUUCUGCAAUUAGGGGAAGCUCAUCGUUUUGCUGCUAACACAAAGUUGAAUACAGAAUCUUCACGGAGCCAUGCAAUUCUUAUGGUACAAAUUAGGAGGUCUAUAAGGGGAGGAGAACCUUCUUCUAGUGAUGAUGACAGCCAUUCUCAAUCAGUUAAAAAUUGUGAUCCACCAAUAGUGCGGAAAGGCAAGCUAGUUGUGGUAGAUCUUGCGGGUUCUGAACGUGUUCAGAAGUCAGGAAGUGAGGGCCAUACCUUGGAGGAAGCCAAGGCUAUCAACCUCUCUCUUACGGCGUUAGGAAAAUGCAUAAAUGCACUUGCAGAAAAUAGUCCCCAUGUUCCAGUACGUGAUUCCAAACUCACCAGGUUGCUUAAAGAUUCAUUUGGAGGGAGUGCAAGGACAUCCCUAGUUGUAACUAUUGGUCCUUCACCACGGCAUCGUGGAGAGACUACAAGCACAAUAUUGUUUGGACAAAGAGCCAUGAAAGUUGAGAACAUGUUGAAAAUUAAGGAAGAAUUUGACUACAAAAGUUUGUCUAAAAGGCUUGAAGUGCAACUGGACAAGCUAAUUGCUGAGGGAGAAAGGCGGCAAAAAGCAUUUGAUGAUGACGUCAAACGAAUAAGUCUUGAAUCUCAAAACCAUAUCUCUGAAGUUGAAAGGAAAUUUUCUAAUGAAUUAGAGAAAGAAAGAACAAAAUGUCAAAUGGAAUAUUUGGAAUCCAUAAAGAAACUCGAGGAAAAGUGGAUUACGAAUCAGCAAAAUCAACACAGGAAUGGGUUCAGCAAUGGUUCAUGUGAUAGAGAGGAACGCAAUUUACCCCUAUCCGAGGACGUUACUGAGGCUAAACGGGUUCUUGAAAAUGAGAUUCAUCUGAGAAAGGCAGCUGAAGAGGAGGUCCACAACCUGAAAACUCAACUAGCCCAGUUGACAUCUUCGGAGGGAGGUGGAACUACUGAAAUUCUUAAAUUUCACCAGAUGCUGGAAGAUGAAGCCUAUGAGAAGAAGAAGCUUCAAGAUGAAAUUACAUCUUUGCAAGGACAAUUGCUGCAGCUCACAUUUGAAGCUGAUCAGAUGCGAAGGUACAUUGAGAGGAUUGAAUCAGGAAAUGGCCUUUCUGGUUCCCAUUCUCUGACGUCCCCAAGUAGACACUCCCAACACAAAGACAGAGAAAAUGGCCAUAAGUCAUCCUUUAAUUCACUGUUUGAACAAGUUGGAUUGCAGAGGAUUUUAUCGAUGCUCGAGUCAGAGGAUGCCAAUAUACGUAUUCAUGCAGUGAAAAUUGUGGCCAACCUUGCCGCUGAAGGUCAAACAAACCAAGAGAGGAUUGUUGCUGCUGGAGGGCUUAGUUCCUUGUUAAUGCUUCUUAGAAGCUAUGAAGAUGAAACUGUUCGCCGUGUAGCAGCUGGAGCAAUAGCCAACCUUGCAAUGAAUGAAGCCAAUCAAGAACUUAUAGUAGCCGAAGGUGGAAUUAGUCUCUUGUCAAUAACAGCUGAUGAUGCAGAAGAUCCACAAACUCUUCGCAUGGUUGCUGGAGCAAUGGCUAAUCUAUGUGGAAAUGAUAAGCUUCAGGUCAAAUUACGAGCUGAGGGUGGUAUUAGGGCAUUGCUUGGGAUGGUAAGAUGCAGACAUCCGGAUGUUCUUUCGCAGAUUGCACGUGGGGUAGCUAACUUCGCUAAAUGUGAAUCUCGGGGUGCGACUCAAGGGUCGAAAACUGGGAAAUCAUUAUUGCUUGAGGAUGGUGCACUUCCUUGGAUUGUACAAAACGCCAACAAUGAAGCUUCACCUAUCAGGCGGCAUAUUGAGCUUGCACUCUGUCACCUAGCUCAGCAUGAAGUAAAUGUGAAAGACAUGAUUGCUGGGGGUGCACUCUGGGAGCUGGUACGCAUAUCUCGGGACUGUUCUCGGGAAGACAUUAGGAGUCUUGCCCGUCGCACCCUUACUUCUAGCCCCACUUUCCAAGCAGAGCUGAGGCGCUUAAGGAUAGAUAUAUAAUCUUGAGUAGGAUAAUGUUUCUCCACCCUUCCAGAAAAUCCAGUCGGGUUUUCAUGUUGCAGCGCAGCGCCCUCUGGGUUAGAUAAGCGGAAACAUAUGAUGCUUAAUAAGAGUGACAACUGUGAAUUUUUCCGGAGGUCUGCAUACAUAGUGGUGGAGAGGUCAGUUUUGUAAUCUUGUAGUUCUAUGUAUAUCGUUUCGGCAUUAUUAGAAUCUGGGAGAGGGAGCUUCCCUCUCAUCUACCACAUCUGAAUGGGCAAUCGAUUUAUAUUGGGCUCUUGGGGUUCCCCUUUUCCCCUUAAUGAGUCAAUGGUACAUUAGUUAAAGAAGUUAGCUCAGUCUCAUAUCUAUAUCAUGGUCCCUCAUAGUAAUAUGUAGAACUUAUCUAUUUUAUAAACUGUGUAAAUUCUAAUGUAUAUCAGUGUUCCAUUUUUGCCCUAUACAA